AGGAGGAGGGUGGAGAUGGAGGGAGAGAUGAUGAUGGAGGCGCGCGCAGAACACACACAGCAGCAGCGCGAGCAGUUCUAACACACCACCAGACCGCUAGAUUAACACACACACACUAAGACACAUACACACACACAUCAACACACACCCUUGCACUCACACACUCCCUCUGUCUCUCUGUAACACACACUCACACUCACACAUACGCCGGAGAGGGGUCCGCGCGCCGGUCCGGGAGGGAUGCACGCUGAGCUCGGACGUGAUCUCUCACGCCGAUGGGGAUCGAGGCCGUGAUGAGUGCGCGGACUGGGCGUGCCCUCUCUGACCAGUGGGCAGACGGCGUGGCUGUGCGCCCACGCACCACCGAACGCCACAUCACGGUGCACAAACGACUCGUUCUGGGCUUCGCUGUCUCCAUCCUCGCGCUCAUCGCCGUGACGGCGGUGGCAGUGGCACUUAGCGUAAAGUUCGAGCGCUGCACGGGAGAGCCUAAUGGUGGGGAGGCACUCGGAGAUGCUAAUGCACGUUCCACGCCCGGCACGAGCGGGGCCACGGGCACAAGGACGCACGAUGCACGGACCAGAGGAGAGGGGGACAGCGACGAUGACGACGAGGAUGCUCGCUUCCCUUGGCGACGGGCGCGCCUCCCGACGACGCUGCGCCCUCGUCACUACGAGCUCACGCUCUCUGUACAUAUGGACAACUUCACGUUCGCCGGGUGCGUGAACAUCGACGUGGAGUGUGUGAACGCCACGCGCUAUGUGGUGCUGCAUGCAGACGGGCUCGACAUUCGCACCGUGACCCUGAUGCACGCAGACGGGCGCAGGGCCGGUGCAGGAAUGGUGCGUGUGCACAGGCAUUUUGCGUACACGUCCUCGCAGCUGCACGUCAUCAUACUGCACCGCGAGCUUAAGCCGCUGCGCACCUACAGAUUGAACAUCACCUUCAACGCCCGCAGAGAGAACGAGCUGCUCGGCUUCUUCCGCAGCUCCUACAUGCUGCACGGGGAGAGGAGGUUUCUGGCGGUGACCCAGUUUUCUCCGACUCAUGCGAGGAAGGCUUUCCCGUGUUUUGAUGAGCCCAUCUAUAAAGCCACCUUUAAGGUGAGCCUGAGGCACGAGGGCUCGUACCAGUCCCUGUCCAACAUGCCGGUGGAGGCGUCCACCCUGGACGAGGACGGCUGGGUCACCAAUCACUUCUCCAGGACGCCCCGCAUGUCCACCUACUACCUGGCCUGGGCCGUGUGCAACUUCACCUACCGGGAGGCCGUCACCGACAGCGGAGUCGUGAUCCGGCUGUACGCCAGGCCCGACGCCAUCCAGAGCGGAUCGGGAGACUACGCCCUGCACAUCACCAAGAGACUGCUGCAUUUCUACCAGGAUUACUUCAAAGUCAAGUACUCCCUGCCUAAAUUAGACUUGCUGGCAGUGCCGAAGCACCCGUACGCUGCGAUGGAGAACUGGGGUCUCAGUGUGUUUGUGGAGCAGAAGAUUCUUUUGGAUCCUGAAGUUUCAUCUUUCUCCUACCAGAUGGAGCUUACCAUGGUAGUGGUGCACGAAAUAUGCCACCAGUGGUUUGGAGACUUGGUGACUCCGGUCUGGUGGGAGGACGUGUGGCUGAAGGAGGGAUUCGCUCAUUUCUUUGAGUACGUUGGCACCGACUUCCUCUUCCCCAAGUGGAACAUGGAGAAGCAGAGGUUCCUGACUGACGUUCUUCACGAGGUGAUGCUAUUGGAUGGUCUGGCCAGUUCACAUCCCAUCUCACAGGAAGUAUUUGAAGCCACUGAUAUCGACCGGGUCUUCGACUGGAUUGCCUAUAAAAAGGGAGCAGCACUGAUUCGUAUGCUGGCCAACGUAAUGGGACAAGCUGUGUUCCAGAGAGGACUCAAUGAUUACUUAAUGACGCACAUGUAUGGGAACGCGGCGAGGGACGACCUGUGGAACAAGUUUUCUGAGGCUAUGCAGAGGGAAGGGAAGGACAUCAACAUAAAGGAGGUGAUGGACCGCUGGACGCUGCAGAUGGGCUACCCUGUAGUCACCAUCAGUAAGAACGACAGCUUGGGCAACACUGUCACCAUCACCCAGGAGCACUUUGUCUAUGACAUCGAGGCCAAGCUGCGCGACCCUGACCUUUUCAACAAAAGUUUCCAGUGGCAGAUCCCGCUGACGCUCUCGGUGGGAAACUCCAGUCACAUAUCGCCCGAAACCAUCAUCUGGGUCUCCAAUAAAACAGAGACGCACCGAGUGGGCCGCAUGGAGGAGGAGACCUGGUUGCUGGGCAACAUCAAUCAGACGGGCUACUUCAGGGUGAACUAUGACCUCCACAACUGGAGACUCCUCAUACAGCAGCUUAUGAUCAACCCCACGAUCAUCUCAGUGGGCAAUCGAGCAGGCCUGAUUGAUGACGUCUUCAACCUGGCCAGGGCUGGGUAUCUUCCUCAGAACAUGCCGCUGCAGAUCAUCUCUUAUCUCUCCGAGGAGAACGAGUUCCUGCCCUGGCACGCUGCCAGCCGAGCCCUGUACCAGCUGGACAAGCUGCUGGACCGCACCGAGGACUACAGCCUGUUUAGUGACUAUGUGCUGAAGCAGGUGGCACCAAAGUACCAUAAACUGGGCUGGCCGAGUACCUCCGCCGAUGGGUCGUUCCUGCAGGCCGCCUAUCAGACAGAGGAGCUGCAGAGGGAGGUGAUCAUGCUGGCCUGCAGUUUCGGGAAUAAACACUGCCACCGCCAAGCUGUGACCCUCAUCUCCGAGUGGAUAUCCAACAACAAGAACAGGAUCCCCCCGAAUGUGCGGGACAUCGUGUACUGCACGGGCGUGUCUCUGAUGGACGAGGACGUGUGGGAGUUCAUCUGGAUGAAGUUCCACUCCUCCACGGCUAUCUCCGAGAAGAAGGUCCUGCUGGAGGCUCUGACCUGCAGUGAUAGCAGCGUCCUGCUCAACAAGCUGCUCAAUCUCUCUCUAAGCUCAGACCUGGUCCCAGAUCAGGACGUCAUCGACGUGAUCAUCCACGUGGGCCGCAAUCCGCACGGACGCCACUUAGCGUGGAGGUACUUCAGGGAAAAGUGGGACAUGCUGAACUCCAGGUACGGCGAGGCCUUAUUUAUGAACUCUAAAUUAAUCAGCGGGGUGACGGAGUUCCUCAACACCGAGAGCGAGCUCACUGAGCUGAAGGAAUUCAUAGAGACGAGUGGCGGAGGGGCGGCGUCUGCUUUCGCCCGAGCCAUGGAGAUCGUCCAAGCCAACGUGAAAUGGCACAACCUCUACAAGCAGCAGUUUUUCCAGUGGCUGAGGAAAUCGCCCAACGGCUAACGCAGAACCUUGCGCCUUUUCUGCUAGCAUGGAAUCUCUAUCAAACAUUUAUAGGCCAAUAACAACAGGAGGAGAUAAGAGGAAUUUAAAAAAUAACUUUUUUUGGACCCCGAUAGUCUGUAAAAUCAAGCCUUUUGUUUCCCCCUGGAAAAAAGAAGAAAUGAGCAGGCCUUGACAGAAGCAGGCGAGGAAAGACUUGGGACUUGAGACGGGUUAAAAAUCGUAAUUGAGUGUUGCAUGGUGGUGUACAUCUCUCGUGACAUUUCUUCUUUCUUUUUAAAGUAGCCCUCACUACCUUACCUCUUACCACUUACCCCACCCGACCACCAACCCACCUCCCCAUCUUUUUUAAUGCAUGAAAGUCAUUCCUGAAAUGUCCGCUCUUCUCUGAGAGUCCUUGAAGAUGGGAAGCUCAGGUUCAAAUCCGUUCCAAACCUCAACUCAACCCAGUACUCAACAGUAUGUUAUUCACAAACUUAGAUAAAGCACAAUGUCAUUCAACAUGACAAUCAGUGUUGUGAUUGGACCAGAACGUGUGGACAGAUGAUGGAAAGCUUUUGACGGACGAUUUUUGUUCCCUUUCUUCAAGCCAUAGAAGAAGCAGGUGACCGGAGAGGAUUGGGAGUGUACUUUGGGUAUUACGAGUUUUUUAGAAUGCCAUUUGGUAUUUGCAAUGCACCGGUGACUGGAGUUAUAUGGAGUAAUCUGAAGAUAUAUGGAGUUUUUGUGAGCUGCAUACCAAUUGGUUAUACGUGUCUUGGUCUAUGGGUCAGUUCAGUGCUCCCUGUACUAUAUUAGCAGGGCCUCUGCUGACUUGAGGCCUGUCCUUGGAUAUCCAGUGUAAAUGUUGAGUGGAAAUGUUGAAAAGAAUAACCAGUGUGUCUGUCGAUAUGUUCAAUAGUUGGUCAAUGAGGUGCAAGAGACAAAAGAUGAAAGACAGAUGCUGAUGCUGAUGAUGUUGCCAUGCCAUGCCUGUCAUGGUUAUCAUACCAUGAACGUGGCUCAAAUUUUUGCUUUUUUUUUUUCUUUUCUCUUUUUGUUACAUUGUUAUUUCAUUUUCCCUGACAAUAAAGAAAGAACAUGGACGGGUAGAAAUAAAGAAAUCUAUUUAACAACAAAGACAAAUGUGCAACAUUCCUGGCUAUAACAAUGAACAAAUAAACAAACAAACCAGUAAAUAAAUAAAUAAAUAAUCUCUUCUUCGUUCUAGAAAACCAACCUUCAUUCCUGCAGCAGCCCAACCCAAGAAAACCUUCAGCAGCCUGCCUCGCGUGUCGCAAGCAAUCUCGCAAAAGAUAGAAACCUUGUCUUUUUACUUUCUGUGAAUCAAAUCCCUGAACAAGUAAUCUAGUCUGCAGGAUGCGCUAUCAAAAAAAAAAAAACCUUCCUUUCCGUCCCUGUUCGUAUGUGUGUGUUAUCAUGCUGUUCCAUCAUGUGGUUCCAGCCUUUGCUUCUAUAUUGUGUUUUGACGUAAGCGCUUUCUUUUCUAAACGACAGAAAAAAAAAAUAUCCUCUGUGUUUUGAGCAGAGCAGUGUAGAGAUUUUACUGCUGACAAUAAAUUCUUUUGUAUGCUAAUGCA